UUCUCUUUCUCUCUCUAUCUGUCUCAAGGCUUCUUGAUUUUUGAGAGUGUCUUCAAAUAAAGCUGUCUGUUUCGAAAAGGUGCAUGCGUUACACUACAACUCUCUCUCACUCUGAUCUUGGGUCUUGUUCUGGUUUUAUUUCGUUGUUCCUAUCUGCAACUCACUACCAGCCAACGAAGACAAUCUCUCUAUCUUUCUCAUAUUUAAUAUAACUCUUUGACUAUUUCUACAUAUUCUCUCUAAUCACCUCUUGAAUUUCUCAUCUCCUUUAAGAUUUUCACAAGAACUUGAUAACGCUUCGAGCUUACACCAACUUUGGUUUCCGUCUUAGUUAAAUCCUCUGCAGAGAAUCAAAAUGCCAAGACCAAGAGUUUCAGAGGUGUCUCAGAGGCAACAAGCUCCGAGGUUGAGGACUUCGUCAUCUACUUCUGCCUCCAAUCAUCCCAACCGUCUGAUCACUACUGACCGGAGUUCUAAGCUAGCUGUUGACCGUAGAUCUCCUAGAAGCAGUGGGGCUCGCAGUGAUCCGCUUGGUCAGAAGAAACUUGGGGGAAGAAUCUCGGAUCUAGAGUCGCAGUUAGGACAGGCGCAAGAGGAACUAAGAUUGCUCAAAGACCAGUUGGCAAAUGCUGAAGCUGUCAAGAAACAAGCUCAGGAUGAGCUUCUUCAUGACAAUAACAAAUCCAAGAAACCAAACCCUCUGGCUCGUGUGAAAGGAUCUGCUUCUGAGGCUGGUACAGUUGAUAGAGACGAAAUCCCUGGUGAUGUUCAAAAAGAGACUGAUGUGUUUGAGGUACCCGUUGAGAAGAUUGAGCUAGUAGAAGAAGAAGCUGCAAAAGAAGAUGAGAUCAAGAUGUUGAAAGCUAGACUAUAUGAUAUGGAGAAAGAACAUGAAUCACUAGGGAAAGAAAACGAGAGCUUGAAGAAUCAGUUAAGCGACUCGGCUUCAGAGAUGUCCAACGUGAAAGCUAAUGAGGAGGAGAUGGCUUCAAAGGUAAGUCUGAUUGGAGAAGAGUUAGAAGAAAGCAGAGCGAAGACAGCUCAGCUUAAGGAGAGACUCGAGUCCACGGAAGAAGCAAAAGCAGCGUUAGAAACUGAGAUGAAGAAGCUAAGAGUUCAAACUGAGCAGUGGAGGAAGGCGGCAGAUGCUGCAGCUGCUGUUCUUUCUGGAGAGUUUGAGAUGAAUGGUCGGGACCGAUAUGGGUCAGGGGAGAAGUGUUUUGCAAAUGGGUUGUUUGAUCCUAGUGCAGUGGUUGGGUUCGUGGAACCGUCGGGAAUGGGUGAUGAUUCUGAGGACGGGUUGGGAAGUGGGAAGAGGAAGAGCUCUGGGAUGAAGAUGUUUGGUGAGUUGUGGAAGAAGAAAGGGCAAAAGUGAUUGAAGAAAUGGUUUGCUCACCAUGUCUUGUUUUUAUUAAGAUGCAUUUUGCUGUAUUUGGUUUGUAAGUUGGUCAAUCCAAAUGAGUAGCAGAUCCUCUUUGCUCUUGUCUGCAAAAACAAUCUCAAACAAAUUUCUGGAAAUA